AUGGAACGACUAGGACAGUUCCCGUUAUGUGUGCCAUUGUUACAAGGACUUCGACCAUCAUUGCCGCCAUGGCUGCCACUUGCACUUCCUUCAAUGCCGCCAUCACUACAAAGUGUUCUUCCCCAACCAGUACAUCCGGCCACGGAUUCCCUGUCGGUGACCACAGCCACAGAGGAGGAUGUUUCCGUGAAAUCCGAAACGACUGACGAGGCAGCGAUCGGUAGAAGUCCAGCUGUUGAAGUGACGGUUUCCUCGACAUCUCCAAUGCAACGGACGGCCGGUGAAGCGAUUUCACGGCCCGAUUCGGCUGAGUCGAGUAUUCUGAGUGAGGUAAGUAGAAGUAUUGGUCAUAAAACGCCUUCAAAGAUUGCUCUGGUCUUUUUAAUAGGCAAUUGUGACCCUCGGAGGGCGAUGGACUGG